CUCACGAAUAUCGGUUGCAAACAGAAAUGCUUAUAGGAAUUCAACUCCGACAUACAUACGUACACCGAAAUGGCCGUAAGUUUGUAUUCAACCCUGUCUUUACUGUUUAUUGUUAUAAGCAGUCCCUGUUUGGCGAUCUAUACUAUUUCAGACUACAGAUUGAUCACCAAAGAUCGACACAAUGCCGGCAUCGUUGAGGUUUUCAACCAGGACAUCGGAUGGGGGCUCGUUUGUCAAAACAAUUGGAAUUUCGAACUAGCGAGCUUAGUUUGUAGUCAGCUAAACUUCCCAGGAACUUCUCGUGAUCUUACGGCAUUGGAUUUCAACGAGGAGGAAGAUGAGUGGCCGAUGUCAGUUACUAAUUAUACAUCAACAUAUUUUACAGACUGUUCAGUCAAUGGGAUGAAUAUGCGAUGUGAAACGUGCAACAGUGAAUGUUUCUGUGAUCUUUAUACAUCGAUAGGAGCUGUUUCUUGCAAAGAACCAGGUUAUAUUGGAUGUUUCAGUGAUUAUAACCGUUUAGGACCCGGCAGAGAUCGCGUGCUUUCCAAUCGCCCCCGUGACUCUAUCGAUAUUCUCACGAUUGACCUGUGCAUCAACGCAUGCGCAGAGGACGGAUACUUCUACGCAGGUGUAGAAUGGGGGAACGUAUGUUUCUGCGGAGGACAAGAUGAAAACCUUGCCAAACAUGGAAUCGCUUCGGAUGGAGAAUGUUAUUAUGUUUGUGCUGGAGAUCACCUUGAAUCAUGUGGGAGUUUAGAUUUUAUCGCCAUCUACCAAGGUGUUUGUGAAGACCCUGGUACGCCUAAUAAUGGAUUCAGAUACAAGGAAAUCGGCUCUCUGCGCUACGGCAGCAAGAUAUACUUUAACUGCUCCGACGGGUACACAUUAGAAGGACCUGGCGUCAUCCAGUGCGUGCAGAUGUACGGUCGCAGAGAAGAUGUUAGUAUUGCUAACAGCACCCAUGUCGUUAUGUGGAACCAUGUUCUCCCAAAGUGUACAGGAUCCAGUUCGACUACAUCCUCUUAUGUGACUUCCAAGGGCGGAGGGCUCACUAACCGAAUGGUAGUUAUUGGGACAGCUGGCACAGAGCAGCAGGGUGGUCACCAGGUCAUCAUUUAUAUCAGUAUUGGCAUCGUCUCUGGCCUCCUCAUCAUCAACGCCAUCAUUGUCGUGGUCGUUAUUUGCAAAAGACAUAGAAGACGCUCUAACAUCGCUCUAAGGCAGUCAGUCUGUGACAGGGAGGGCCAGGAACUCGAUGCCUACACGUCGUUAUAUACAACAACUAUGAAACAACCAGCCUACGAGGACAUCAAAGCAACUAGACACGGAAAUAGAGGCCACACAAAUGCAAUCGAGGGGGUAGAAUAUGAAUAUCAAACAAUAGUUGAACAUACCUACACAUCCUUAGAUGCAACAACUAUGGAGCAACCAGCCUACGAUGACACCAUAGCAACUACACGCGGAGAUAGAGGCCAAAUGAAUGCAAUCGAGGGGGUAGAAUAUGGAAAUCAAAGAAUAGUUCAGCAAACAGCUAGAGUCAAGAAAUCAAACUUGGGAGUGGCCGAUGAGAAUACUGAGCCGGUAUACGAGAUGCUGAAUUAA